AGUACGAUGUAAUGACAGCAAUAAGAAGUGACAGUUGUGGAUUGUCGCUUUAUUUUCUUCGAUGUUUACAUUUUAAGCAUCAAAUGUAGCAACCAAGAAGAGUUUCAAAAAAUAUAACUCCUCUCAAAAUGGAUGUACUAAAACCGGAAAUUGUUCUGGUAGAUGGGAGAUGCUACAGAUUUUUUGAUAGUACUUCCUGGUCUCAAAAUCGAGAGCUAGGUAGUUACGAAGAAGAAUCAUUUCAGGCAACUUAUGAUUCAGAUCAAGAGGUUUGCGAUGGUAACAUCGAAAUUUUCGCCCACUCUGGUGGCAGAUACAAACAUUCGUUUCACGUACCUAGGGCGAUUUACCCAUUUAUAAUCGGACAAAGAGGUGCCACGAAGAAAAGAUUUGAAACUGAAACGAAAACUACGAUACAGGUUCCUAAACAAGGAGAAGAUGGAGACAUUAUAAUUAUUGGUGCUGAUCGCAGAAAAAUUCUGUCCGCUAGAAACAGAAUUGACUUACUGGUCGAAACAUCCAGAAAAAAAAUGCCGUUCACCCACUUCCUUUCAAUACCAAUGAAUAAGGAUAAUAUAAUUAGAGGUUUCAAUCAAUUUAAAUCCGAGGUUUUGAAUAAAACUGCGAAAGGAGCAAGGGGUGUAAAUGAGUCGAUUUUUCAAACAGAUAAAAAAUUGCAUCUUACUCUCGAUGUUUUGAAAUUAUUGGACAACGAAGAACGAAAAUUGGCGGCAAAAAAAUUGCUCGCUUGUAGAGAAGAUAUUAUCAAGCCUUUUUUAAAGGAGAAUGGACCUAUAAAUAUCGAAGUAAGAGGAAUCGAGUGUAUGAAUGACGAUCCUGCUGAAGUAAAUGUUCUUUACGCAAUAAUUGUUGAUAAAGAUGGAUACCUUCAGGAUUUAUCUGAAAGAAUUGUGGACUAUUUUGUUGAAGAGGGAUUGAUUCAAAGACAGUACAAUAGAGUGAAGCUACAUAUGACAAUAAUGAAUAUAAGAUUCUCGAAAAAGGAUGAUGAUGAAUCUGCCAAUGAAAGAAUGCGUGAAACUUUCGAUGCGUCGAAUAUUUUGAAAGUUCACAAGAACACAUUCUUCGGAAAAACGACAUUAUCGACUCUACAUUUAUCUCAGAGGCAUACCAAAAAUGACUCUGGCUAUUACAAAGAGACUGAAAAAAUUGAAUUUUAAGUCUAAUCAUUUUCUGACCGGGAAUUAUACAAAUUAAAAAAAUCUAUUAUUCAAUUUAGAAUACAUAAUUCGAAAAUCUUUUACUUUAAAAAUUCUUCAU